AUGAGGCAGUAUAAAAGCUGGAGCAGCUCCUCCAGAGACAUUAGAGCUAAGAGAGUUGCCUGCGAGAAGCGUCUCAGUUUACUAGCACAGACAUGUCCCCCUGCCCCAACAGCUACUCCUCUGUUCAUCAGCUGAGGAUGUCUGAGAGAGACAACAUCAAAUUAAGAAAGCCUAUAGUGGAGAAAAUGCGCAGGGACCGUAUCAACACCUGCAUCGAGCAGCUCAAAGUCAUCCUGGAGAAGGAGUUCCACAAGCAGGAGCCCAACUCCAAGCUGGAGAAAGCCGACAUCCUGGAGAUGACAGUGAGCUUCCUGAAGCAGCAGCUGCAGUCGGGCUUCUGUCAGGGCGACUUCAGCCAGAGUUACCCUCACUGCCUGAGGGACUCUGUGCAUUUGCUAUCUGUUGGAUCAGCCACAGAGGCCUCUGCUGGACCUCAGCCGAUCCUUCAGCAUCAAGACUCUACUGCCCAUCAGACACAGAGAGCCAGCAGCUGCUUCCCGCUCAGACCCAGCACACAGCUGGACAGCAGCAGCAGCAGAGGCUCUGUGUGGAGGCCAUGGUAGAGACUCCACUCUUUGACACCUGAGGGGGAAUCAUUCUCUCCCUCAAUAUGUAGGAAAUAUAUUUCCAUCCUGCUCAUUCAGUGUGGGUUCACCUAUUGUCUCAUCACAUUGAUGGACAAGUAAAAGCCAUGCGCUCCAUGUUAUGAAAUCAUUUGUUUUUCUCUGUGUUAAAAUCUGAGGAUUUCAGUGAUGAUAGUUUUUUUGUCAAAUGAUGUGAACGUUUACUCCGGUGGAGUUUAUCUUGGGUCUGCUUUAUGUGACAGUAUAUGUUUCUGACAGCCUUGGUUGAGAAUAUUUCUCUUCUGUUUUAACUAUAUUAUGCCAAUCUUUUAUGUCUGAGCCUAUUUUCUACAUGCUUCUGCACACAAAUGGAUGUAUCUAAUGAUGUAUGAUUUGCAUGUUGGUGUUUAUGUUUUCCUUCAGGUUUCAGGCUUUUUUUGUUAAUUUUUCUAAAGCUUGUAUGACAAUUAAUAAUAAAGAAUGCAAUC